GGCGGAGCAAGAGGAGGAAGGAGCUGCGCGGGCAGCUCGGGAAAGAGGCGGGGGCCCGGCGGCAGGGAGGCGGCCGAGGCGCGGGGACGGCGCCGGGAGGCGGGAGCAGUCCCGCUGCAGCUGCGGCCGCGCAAGGAGGCGGUCUGGGCUCGGCUCCGCGGGCCCCCAGGCGCGGCCAGCGACGGGUCCCUACCUACGCAGACUUCGCGUCAACGAAUAAGCUGAGUACGCUCAACGAGAAGAGAAGCAGAGACAAAGUCAUCAUGGCUUCGGUGUCUACUCAUGGAAAUCAAGAUAAAGGCCCCCAUUUGCCACCACCAAGCAAGCAGGAGGCAACUGGGUCUCAAGGAUACCAGGCAGGCAAAGGGAGUGAGGAGCAUUGCGGGCAGGAUGAGCCGCAUGGACGGAAGCUGGGGAGUCUAUUAUUUUGUCCAAAAUCAAAACUGCACAUCCACAGAGGAGAGAUUUCAAAGAUUAUCCGAGAGUGUCAAGAAGAAAGCUUCUGGAAGAGAGCUCUGCCUUUUUCUCUUGUGAGCAUGCUCGCCACCCAAGGACUAGUCCACCACGGUUAUUUAGCAUCUAAUCCAAGAUUUGGAUCAUUGCCCAAAGUUGCACUCGCGGGUAUCUUGGGAUUUGCCCUUGGAAAGGCAUCAUACAUACGAGUGUGCCAGAGUAAAUUCCAUUCCGUCGAAGAUCAGCUCCGUGGGGCUGGUUUUGGUCCAGGGCAUAACAGGCACUGCCUGCUUACCUGUGAGGAGUGCAAAAUCAAGCACGGAUUACACGAGAAGGGAAGCUCUCAGCCUUCAGCUUCUUAAACUUGUCUCUAUGGCUUUGGAAGUUCCUUAAACCUCUCUCUGAAUUUGUACACAUUUAGAAUUUCAAGUGUACUUUAAAAUAACAUAUGUAUAGUGGAACAGAAACAUUGUGCUUCUCUCUUUUGGACAUGCUUUCUGGGGAAGAUUCUCAAUUGAAGUGAGCAGUAUAUGUUUGUCUGCAAUUUGAGAACUUGUCGGGGGCAUUCACACACCAAAAAAGAAAUUACAUUGCAUUCCUUAACUUGCUUACAGCUGAGUAAAAGCGCUUCCAGUCUUCGCUGAUUUGGGCCAUCCAUUCUUUCACUCUGCUUUUGUCCAGGGUUUUAAGAUCGCGGAUACAGGAUGGGAGUGAAUAUUCAGGAACUUGGGAAGCCAUGCCCCAAAGAAAACCAAUGUGUAUAGAGGUAGAAACACGGGACAAGAAAGACUGUGUCUUAUAGGUUUGAGAAGUGCUUUCUAAAAUAUAGGAACCAAGAUGUUUAAGUUGAUAAAAAAUAUUUCCCUUGAAAGAGUCAGAAUUUGAAUCCACUGCCCUUUCAGUGACAUAGAUGACUUUGUGCCUCAUUGGUGUGGUGAAGUUUUGGAAGAACCCAUCAUCUUUAGGUUACUUGUUUAGCAUGCUCAUGGUCAGCAUUAAAGAACUGGGUUCUUAAACUUGACUUUCCAAACUGCCCCUCCUUCUCCCAAGGAACAAUUUGUUUAUGGGAACGAUCACUUGAAGAAUUCACGGAAUGAUAAACUUUUGGGGCUAUAAGGAGCUCAGAAGCAGCCAAUCCAACCCCAGGAGUUGGAUUCCUAUUCUCCUACCAGGUUUUCUGCAUGAAAAAACCAACAAACCAACCAGCCAGCUAACCUCUUCCACUGGAGACCUUGCAUUUUAUGGCGAGUUGUCUGAGACCUUCAUAAACAUUUAAUUUGCAUCUUCGCAUUUUCUCAGGAAAAUGCUUUAUGUAUGUGUCGCCAUUUAUUCACUGGUUUGUGUGUGUGCGUGCACGCUUGUGCGUACGUGUAGCUGUUUGUAUUAAUACAUCUUGAAACCAUGUAUAAAAAGGAAAAUCUCAUCAGAAGUUAAUAAUUGAUCUGAAAUAUCAUUUUAAAUAUCAAAAAUAUUUGGGAAAUUUUCUUUUUACAUGAACCUUAAGUGUAUGACAUGGAGGGUUUUGUUUUUUUUUAAGUUCAUUUAUUUUUGAGAGAGAGACAGAGUACAAGUGUUAGGAGGGGCAGAGAGAGUGAGAGAGACAGAGAAUCUGUUAGCACAGAGGCUGACGUGGGACUUGAUCUCACGAAGCUUGAGAUCAUGACCUGAGCUGAAAUCAACACUUGGACGCUUACCCGACUGAACCAUCCAGGCGUACCUGAAAUGGUGUGGUUUUGACUUCAUCUCCUUCAUAGUACAUAUCCUGGUCUUGCAGUUGAUAAAGUUCUAUUUCUGUAAAUCAGAAGCCAACAAUCCUAGCUUCGUGGAUGCAGUUGAACUCCUGACUCUGGCAGCGAACUAGUGGGGACUCUGUUCUCUGGGUGAUUGGCAACAAUUCAGAACUAGGCACAUUUAUUUCCUACAAACCAGAAAAUGAUUUCCCAGGGAUCAGAACACCUUCAGAUUGCCAAGCACAGCAAGUCAGUGUUGAAAUCAGUCUUGGGGUACUGGGAAAAGAUGAAUCUAUUAUUGUUGAAAAGGCCCAUUGUUUUUAUAGCUGACGUCUUCAUAUUUUCUCCUGAGUCAAAUUGGAUUUAUUGUUUGGGCUCUCUGCUUUUCCUAAGCAGGUAAGUUAUUCAUUGAAACAGUUCAUCACAGUGAUCUUUCCUUUCACGGGGUGAAAGGAAAUCAAUAAAGAGAAAACUGGAAGGUCAUCCAAGAAAUCUCAAAUAUUUUGCUGCUUUCUCUAUUGCGUAUAUUAGGAAGCAUGUAUCGUGGGGAGAAUGUUUCUUGCAGGAAGAUGUGUCAAAAGAGUAGCAUUUGUCUUGCAGCAUUUAGAUAUUACCAACACUCGUCACCAAGCUAGUCAUAAGCUUAUGAGAGCAUUGCCUUCAUGAUAAAAACAGACAAAAAAGAGGUACUGUAUAUAAUGCUUAUAUAUUUUAAAAAUUCUCACUUAAGGGGCUCAGUCAGUUAAGCAUCUGACUUUGGCUCAGGUAAUGACCUCACAGUUCAUGAGUUUGAGCCCUGCAUCUGCUCUCUGCUGUCAGUGCUGAGCCCACCUUGGAUCUUCUCUCUCUCUCACUGUCACUCUCUGCCCCUCACCUGUUCAUGUGAGCGUGUGCAUGCACAUGCACGCUCUCUCUCUCUCUC